AUGGCUGGCCGAGAAGGCAUCUCAGCUGCUGUCGCCAAGCUUCGUGGCGCAGUGGCCCGGGGCAAGAGCCUGCCGGGAGGCCCCUCCAGCGAGGCUCGCGUCGCGAAACUCUCUGCAAAGUCGGCUGCAGACUUCCUCGUCUCCGAAGAAGUUCUGCCGCAGCUGGAGCCACGGCAGCUGGCUUUGACUGCCUGGUCCUUGGCCCGGCUGGAAGCGACGGCGGGGUGGGAUACCGACGAGGCAUGGGGGCCUCGCGCACUGACGGCGUCCCUCCAGCAGAGGCUGGAGGAGUUCGGCCCCCACGAGUUGUCCAUGAUGCUUUGGGCCUUUGCAGCUGGCCCUGGGAAGGCUUCCCAGAGUGCAAGAGGCUCUAGCGGCGGUGGUAUGGAGAGGCGCAAGGAGUUGGCGGAGAUGCUGGCGCCUGAAGCUUUGAGAAAGCUCGGCGAAGCCUCUUUCAUGAGUAUCAGCAAUUCGCUGUGGGCGUGCACAACCCUCCGCGUGCUUCCGGCUUUGCCUGGCCUCUGCAUGGCAGCAGCGACGCGCACAGCCACGGCAGACGUCUCCGAGCUCUCCCCGCAAUCACUUUCCAACAUCGCUUGGGCGCUGGCGCUCUCGGCGCUCUCCGACUCCGAUGGGCAACGGACGGUCUUCGACCGUGCACUGUCGGUGGCUGCUGAGACAGCCCUACGCCGUACCGGGGAGUUUCGGCCAGCAGAGCUCGUCGCUCUCUCCUGGGCCCUGGCAACCAGCCAGGCUUCUGACUCCAGGCUGCCGCAAGAUUCCGAGCAGCGCAGAGACGUGGCCGUCUCGGCGGCGGAAGCCGCCUUGGCCAAUCCCACGCGACAAGGAGUGCGGCUGCUGGCGCAAGCUGCUUGGGCUUGCGCCAAUUUUCCAAGCAAUGCUCAUUCCAAGCCCUUGUGGAGCCGGAUUGCUGAAGCGUUGCAGCUGGGCCUCCGGGGAGGAUGCCGCAGCACCUCCAGUCAAGAUCUGGCAAAUGGCAUUUGGGCGCUCACGGUAGCUUCCGUCGCACACACGGAUUCGUCAUCAUUCUCGGCGCUUGCUGCAGAAGCUGCCCGACGCUCCGACUUCGAGCCUCGGCAGUUAGCGGCCUGUGCAUGGGCUUUGGCGUCUUCCCGCCAUCGUGAUCCUGCGUGGCUGAAGGCUCUGGAGCGGUCGAGCCACCGGGUGCUCGACGAGUUCCAGCUGUCGGAGGUCGCUGCGAUCUCUUGGGCGUGGGCAGCGUCGGAAGCCGGCGGGUCGCUGAUUGAGGCGCUUCUCCCACGAGCCCAACAACUCCUCGAGGGUCCAAGGACGUCUCGGGGUGGGCCGGGCUAUGUCGAAGCCUUGCUGCAGCUUGCAUGGGCUGGCUCCUUCGGACAAGUUUCCCGGGCGUCUGGCCUGAACAAGCUUAUUCAAGACUGUCUCCUCAGAGAGGGGAGACUCAGGGAUGUGCAGACUCGCGGAAGGAUGACCAAACCAGCUGCAGCGAUGUUGGCGGAGGUGACGAUGCACCCGUCCAACUCGCCAACUAUCGUCGUCAACGAGGAGCAGCAGGGCUUUGUGGUUCUUCACAAGCCUGUCCACUGGGAGGUGGACGGUGCUGACGCCGUGGGUUGUUCCAGCCGGCCCAUACCCCUUUCUGGCUACAUGCAGAUCCAGUUCCCGGGCAGGCCUUUGCUUUGCGACGCUUCUGCCGGUGGCGGUUUUCUCGGAAGGUUGGAUGCACAGUCAUCUGGCCUGGUGAUCAGUGCACUGACCUAUGAGGCCCAUUUGCUUCUACAGUUCCGGCAAGACACCCAUUCUGUGGCCCGAGAGUAUGUGGCACUGUGCCAUGGUUUGGUGCCAGAAACCUUGCAUGAGAUCAGCCUUCCAAUCCGGGUGCGCGCGGGGGCCUCCAGCGAAGUCCAUGCGAGCGGUGUGGCGGCCGUCACGCGGCUUCGAGUCCUCACGAGGCUAUCGCAACAGUGCGGCCCCUCGACGGAAGAUUACAGCCUCGUGGUGCUGUCCAUUUUGACGGGACGCAAGCAUCAGAUCCGAUGCCAUCUUUCACAUGUGGGCCAUCCUGUCGUCUGUGAUGGGCGCUAUGCACCGCAGGCGCUGCAAAGCGAUUUGAAGUGGUGUCCACGGCUCUUCCUUCACCGCUUCCGUCUUGAAUUUCUAGGCCUGGACGACUGCAAGAUCGAGGCCAGCCACGGGUUGCCGAGCGACCUCCAGGAUGUUCUUCGCCGACUGCAUCCUCAAAGCCGCACCAGGAUCUCCGAGGAAGUCUUGAGUCUCUGGUCUCGAGGGGAUUCGCUACCAUUCCACGAGUGGGCAGCGCGGGGCAAUGGUGAACAAAAGCAUACAACAGCUCUUUGUGGUUUCAUCCUCAUCUCAUUCGUGGCCGGCGCGUGA